AUGACAUUUAAUGCCAAUCUUGAGAUAAAGCAAUGCAGAUGUGGUCGCGUCAGCUUUGAUAAGAACGAACGCAGAGGUGUUGUACUUCUCAAACAAUUUCAAGGCCAAAAAGAGUACAAAAUCGGUGAAUACAUCACAUAUUCUGAUUCAUUAGAUUUCAAAGACGCUCCAAUCUCUUGGAGAGGCCAAAAAGAGUACAAAAUCGGUGAAUACAUCACAUAUUCUGAUUCAUUAGAUAAGUUUCUGCGAGAGAACCUCUCCAUAAACGAAACGAAAGGAUAG